CGCACGGACGAUGCAUUGACGCUGACUCGCCAGCCUGACAGGACACAGUCAAACGGAUGUGUAUCACUUUCUACAGUCUCAGAGUGGAGGCAUUCAAUCGAUAUGCCCAAGCGGCGCGCGACAUGGCCUGCUACUCGCUCGACAUGGGACAUAGUGCCAGCUCACAUCAGACGUCCUCGCAAGCUACUCUUCACCGCCGAACUACCGACACAGGAUAUUGUUCAUCAGUUGUCAUGCUGGAACAUCCACGAGCUCUCACUCUGGCCAUGGGAAGCCCUACAAGCUCAAUGCCGCCGGUACAAGCUGGCUGUCGCGUACGACGACAGCGGCGAUGACCUGAUCGCGCGACUGACUGCCCACGUCGAGCAACUUGAUAAUUUCUGGCCAUCAGAUAGCGGCGGCAAUGCUAAUCGUCUCCCGCCGGAAUUGAUACGGCGCAUCCUCCGCUGCCUGCGCGACAGCUACGACGAGCGGCUCGAUCUUUCGGACGAACGACACGAAUCCACCACAGUCGCGAUGCCGACGUCCUUGCACGCCGUCAUCAACCUCGAAGCGACCUGUCGCGCUUUCCGCAGAGGCAUCUAUGGGGACAACUUUAUCUGGGACCUAUACCUUAAAGAUGCCUCAGAAGUGCUCGCAUUGGCUCGAUAUGGUCGGCCAGACACCUGGCUUGAGCACUGCUCAAAAGCUGCGACAUCGCGCUUCAAAGCCAUACGCGCAGUCGCUAUGACGUGCGAAAAUUGCCAGAAGUGGCGUGUACCGGAGGAAAGGCUACCCGCUGUCGAACUCACUCGUCCUUCCUUCAUGUGGCAAUGCGCAGGCUGCGUCUAUGCAAAAACAUUGACGCGCGCGGAAGCAAUGGCAGUGCUCGCACCUUAUGAGCAUCUCUUGGACCAGAUCGAGCCUUACCAGGUCCGACCUAGUCUCUAUCGACAGACUGCUGUCUUUGACCAAAGGCAAGGCGAAGAUUCAGCUCGCGCCAGACAACUCUUCUCGACUACAAACGACGGAUCGUAUGCUCCCUUUGUCCGAAUCUGGCCAACAGCGGAAACACCGCUCCUCAAAUGGCCGCACCGACUGGAUUUUUUCGUGCUCGAGAUGGCUCGCAAGCUCAUUCUGAGCAAAGAGUCUCUCGAUGAGAGUCAUACGCGGGCUGUCGAGGAAGCUAUGCAAGUUGUUGAUAAACGCUGGCGUGACUUCAUGGAGCGUGCUACACGGCUCAAGAGCAUCACGAAGACGCUCUACGAGACUGACCCGGCGAGUAAGCGAUGGGUAGCGCAGUGUCCAGAGUCUUUCUGGCGUAUACACUGUCGCGUAGCUCUCGUGCAGACAAAAGACGACACUGGCCGCCCGCCGCAGCAUCUGGACGAGCAUCUCGACGAUUCCUGGCCAAUCGAUAUCAUCAGACAAGAUCCCUGGCUAGUUGCUGCGGGCGGCAUGCACCGCGCUGAUGCAGAAACGCUUGCGCAUGCAUUCAUACGAUGGCUACACUACCAGCAGGCAGCGGUCUGGAUCAUCAAUACAAGACUGGUAGAUUACGGGGCCACAGAACAUCCGGUUCGACAAGAAUUCGAAGGUUCCGAUGUGCAGCGCUCGUCAUGGACAGUCGACCUGCGCAGCAUCAGACCGUGCUUGCUGGCAUUCGUGGGUGCUCAUCGAUGCGAAAUCUGGCGAGAGCGUCUUUAUCGGGCCUUCCAAGACGGAUCGCCUGGUAUACCACUCGGUCUAUGCAUCACUCAAAACCAAGCGGAGGCUCUGACGGCCAGAUGGACACGCUUGGAUCAGCUUGCUUUCGAUAAUCCCCGCCAGUGUGCCAAUACAGCUUGCACGAGAGUGUGCGCCUGUCCCUGACUCCUGCAUUAUCGUCCUGAAUGGCUUGACAGGAACCAAACCGAGUGCAUUGCCAAGAUGUGCGGCUUUUGCUGCCGAGCCGACUUUGCCACAAGGCGCGAGCUCAAGCUGCCAGAGAAUUGCGAGAGACACUCGAUCCUACGUUAGCACGUGCAUCAUGGUGACAUCCUGACAGAAUCUCAUGGCCUCGAGCAUGCAAUGACUACUGUGUUGGCUGCCAUUUGCCGAUAUUGAUGCCGUUGCACGCGAGGCCGUAAUUAUCGAGCUGUCGAUCGAGUACAUCUUAGUCAGAGGUACGGCGCUGACUGACUGGACUUGCAUCAUUCAU